AUGACAGAUAGACUAACACAACUACAGAUAUGUUUAGACCAAAUGACGGAGCAAUUUUGUGCAACUUUGAACUACAUAGAUAAGAAUCAUAGUUUUGAACCAUUGACCGCAAGUGAACCUCAAAUGUCCGAUAAACAUGCUACGGUAGCACCUCCAGAAGAGUUCACCAAUACCAUAGAUGAGCUCUCCACAGAUAUUAUACUGAAAACAAGACAGAUAAAUAAACUCAUAGACUCGUUACCUGGUGUCGACGUUUCCACCGAAGAACAAUUAAGGAAAAUUGAUAUUCUACAGAAAAAAUUAGUUGAAGUAGAAGACGAAAAGAUUGAAGCAAUCAAAAAGAAGGAGAAGCUUUUGCGGAGCGUCGACUCUUUAAUUGAGGAUUUUGUAGAUGGUAUUGCAAACUCAAAGAAAAGCACAUGA